AUGUCUUCCUCUUCCACAAAGUAUCAGCCUACUGCUCGUGUCCGUAUCACGAUCAAGAAUCAGGAUGGAGAAGAAGCAUAUUACCAGAUGAAGCGCACCACCCCACUGCGCAAGCUGAUGAAUGCUCAUUGCUCCAAAUUUUCAUUUGAGCCAAAUACCGUCGCUUUCUUAUUUGACGGUCGUCGCCUGAAUGAAGAUGAAACGCCUGAACAGGUCAAGAUGGAGGAUAUGGAGGAAGUUGAUUGCAUGAUCCAUCAAGUCGGAGGUUAUAGAGUGCAUUCGGCUUAA